GAAACACAAACCAAGUCCCAGAUGAAGGGAUAGCCAACAGUAUUGGACCUCCUUAGGAUUCAUGUUGUGUGAACGUGUAUAAGCCAUGAUAUCAUCAAGAGCUUGGAGAACUUCCGGGUCAUACUGGAAAUCCCCAAACCCAGUCUUAGAGACACAAAAUGAAAAUAAAGAAAGUGUAGACCACGGCAAGGAGGACAGGUGCAUGUAUUAAGACCCUUUGUACACAUAGUGAUUGUAAGAAGAACCUAGUAAGUGACCUUCAGUCUGUGUAGUGAGUGAGGUCAACCAUGAAGAAGAUACGCUUGUCGGACACCGACUUUGACCUCUUCGAUAUGGAGAUAUCUCCAGGGGAGUUCAUAUUCUUCAGUAAGCACAAAGAAGCCUUCAGAUGUAUGUGGAAAGAACAGGGAGUGACAUUUUGGAAAAAGUUUACCAUAACCUUUCGCAGUUUUACCAAUCGGCACGGCGUGAUCAAGGAAAUCUCCAACAACUCUCCGAAGUUCGAGGAUUUCAUAGACCAAGCAUUCAUUUUUAUUCAUGAAAACUUUGUAGAAGGCAGAGAGGGAAAAGCCAGAAGCUUCAUUGAUGACAUCGCUAAACUGGCCCAGAAUCGAGAAAGAUUCAAAGAUUUAGAUUCCAAAUCAUUUGCCAAAGAUCCAUUCUACUUGAGAGAUACAAGGGAUCUAUUCAGGAGAUUCUUUGGUCCACCAGAUCAAAAAAGUUCCUAUCUAAAGGUUUAUGUGGUCAGCCCCAUUUAUUUACGAUUUGGUGGAUCGGCAAUUCGUUGUUUGAGGCGAUGGUUGGAUGCUCCAACUUUGGACGAGGGAGAUGAGUCUUAUUGGGUUCCGUCGGAAAUCCUUAUUAAUGGAAACGGUAACAAAUGCAGCAAUGUGAUCAUGUGUGAAAAAUGCCUGGACGAUUGCAGCACCAAAUAUUUUCAUGAAAAAUUUAACGGCAAAAGAAACGGUCCAAGUUUUGUAAGCUACUGGAGUCUAGGGGAUCCGCGUUUUAAUGACGAUAAAAAUCCUCUGUAUGCCCCCUUCAUGGACGAGUUGUCGGAUUGGAGAGAUUCACUGACUGGGGAUAAUUUUCGAGACUUUUUGCAUUACGCUAAGUUUGCAUAUGGCUCAGAUUCAGACAAGUGUCAGGAGUGCUUGAUCUUGAGUAGCCGGAAAGGUGACCCUAUGGACAGCAUUUCAGUUGCAGAGUGCAAAGCCGAGGGGCAUAAAAAGAAGAAAAAGCGCAAGAAGAAAAACAAGGCAAAACUGGCAGGUAUUGAUGUGGAUAAUGAGAUAGAUGAUCUGGUGGCGCACAUCGAGGGUGAAAAAGAAAUGGUCCAUAUGCCACAGUCUACGGUGGCCGGAGCAAGAUGGCCGCAAUCAGUAGUGCCCCUUCAACAAGAGGAAGAGAGUGUUAAUAACAGCCCAAGCCCGAAAAAGAAAAAAAAUUCAGCCGAUACGAUCAAGUCCCUUGAAGACUAUAGGGCUGGUAUGAUGCAGGCCAGAGAGGAUUUACCAAAAAAUAGCCGGUUUGGUGGAUAUAGAGCUCGUUUAAUUGAAAACGAGGCUACAGGAGAACGAGAGCUGACAAUAACUGUUCAAGCCUUAAAGGGUGAGGAGGGCCGAUCUCCAAGACCAAGGGUAGUCAUUUCUCAGAACUGCUUCCCCCUGAGCGCUCAGAUGAUCCGGAAACAUCUGGAUAACCUUCCGGACCGUAUGGAGUGGUACGAGGGGGACUGCUGGUGUGCCAGUGUGCUUAACUACUCCGCGGAGGAGAAGGAAAAUCCCAGUAAUUUCACCAUCAAAGUUACGGGCCCUGACGAAGACAUCGCGAAGAGAACCAUGUUUAAAUUGUUGUUUUAUGUGGGGAGGCGUAAGACCCGCCCGUGCCCGGGCUGGGUGAUGGAGGAGGAUGAUGUGGUCGCCUGUAUCCUCCCAGACGACUGUCCCCCCCAGGACGGGCUGACCAUUGUCAUCAUCAAGGGCUUCAACUUCCAGGACAGACUCACAGACCAAGAGAAACAAUCCAUGAUUAAGGGAGAAGAUGUCGCUAAACAGCCAGAGAGAGUGUUGAUGACCAUCAAAGGCGAAAACAUCAAACGACUGAUGAAUGAUGAAAAUGGAAGGGAAGUCUUCAGAAUGUUACUGGACUUAUCUAAUUAUGGCAAUGAGUUAGCCAAAUCAAAUCCGGAGGGAAAUCCGAGCUCAUUCCAGCCAACAUCAUACAUAAUUGAUCAAAACGUGGUUCGAGCAAGUUCAGAGCCCCCUGUCUGGAGUCAAAUUGAAAAAGAACCAGAAACGUUUGAGCUCUUUUUCAAAAUACCCAAGGAAAAUGAGGAAGGUCUUCAGUCUAUAGGUUUUGAAACUGUUAACCACGGAUUCUUUGACAAAGAACCCAUGAACAACAUAAUGCCACGGGAAAGAGUGUUCUGUCUGAGGUGUAAAAAAAACAGGAGACUUUGUCAGUGUGGAACCUUCAAGAGGUUCAUCGAGCUCGACCGAUGCGGAAUGAAAGCAUUUCAGAUGUCACAAGGAGAAGGCAUGGAUCUGCGAGUCGGGGCCAGCGACAGGAAACCAGUUUUUGAAGAGGUUUUGCUCAAGGAGUUUGAGAAUCACGCGAAAUUAAAAGAAAAACACAAGCAGAGGCUGAAGGAAAUCACGGCCAAAAUGCAAAGCGUGGAAGAAGUGAACGAGGCAAGGGAGGAAUUGUACGAUAUAAUCAACUACGUUAUGAAUGAAGAAGAUUUACAGGAAAUAGUGUUUCAGAAUGAUGAGGAAGUGACAAGGGAUUCAGAAAGAGCUGCUGGGUUUGGAAAGGGUUGUAAAGUGAAUGGUGUUAAUGAUAUCGCUGCAAAGAAAGGGAAAGUUGAAAAAGAAAGAAAUGUUAAAGUGAAUGACAAGAAUGAAGAUAAAUUGAAAGGAGAUAGACAAAAAGAUACGACAGCACAGAGGAAGAAAGGAAAGGAAUCAGAAAAUCAAAAGAAUGAAUUAAGUCAGGUUAUAAGGAAACCAUUAGAGAAAUCUGGAAAUGGCAGAAAAGUGAAAGAGAAAGAAUACAGUGAUGCAAAAGGGAAAAUCUGUGGGAAGUCACAGGUGAAAGUUGAGGGCAAAAAUUCAAAAGUUAGAUUGACUGAAAAGGGUGCUGUGGACAAUGCUAAGGCAAAAAGAAAUGAAGGAAAGGAGGAUUCAGAUAAGAGUGGAAUAUUGGGAAUGGAAGGAGUAGGCUUCGAUACCAUAUACAAUGAUGAUGAUGAUGAUGAUGACGAAUGGGAGACUGAGGAAAGCACUGAAACCGAGUCAGCUGAUGAGGAACUCGGCCAUUGUUUUGUUGCAAAAAAAGCUACAUCAAAGACUGAUAAGAAUCAUGACUACAGCAUUAAGAACCAAAGCGCUGGACAUGAGGGACUGGGUAGGGAUUCUUCUGAAGCAGAAGUGGGAAGUCCUGCUAAAUUAAUGGAACAAUCAGAUGUACCAGGGCUUGAGGUCAAGGUCAGUGUUGAAAAUGAGGCUACUAGGACAGAGGAGGUCAAGGUUGAAAAAGAGGCUACUAGGACAGAGGAAUUCAAGGUCAAGGUUGAAAUUGAGGCUACUAAAAUAGAGGAGGUCAAGGGCAAGGUUGAAAGUGAUGUUGCAAAGACAGAUGAAGACAAAGAUCAAUUGAAUAAGAACAAAGGUCAGGGUGAAGGUCAUGUAGUAGAACAGUCAAGUCUGCUGAUGAAUGAUAAACCCACCAUGUUGGAAAAAAGAAAUGAAAACAGGGAGUGCCAAGAGAAGUUGACUGCAGGUCUUGCACAGGUUUCCAUAGACCAGGAUUACAAAGAAUCACCCUUAUCAGGCCAAGAGAGUUCAGAAGAGAUACCAAAAGAAAAUGGACUUGUUAUAGGGGAUCAUGGUAAACCAUCUUCCACAGAGAAUGGAGAAUUAGAACAAGGCCAGGAAAAGCUGGAGAAAAAUGUACAAAAUUUGAGAUGUAAGGAGGAGGAAGAAGAAGAGAAAUCAAAAAUCUCAACUGAUAUCCAGCAACCUAAAGAGGAGGAGAAAUCAGCAACUUCAAAUGACACCAAGCAACCCAAAGAGGAACAAGAGAAAUCGGCAACUUCAUCUGACAUCAAGGAUCCUAAAGUAGAAGAAGAAUUGACAAUCUCAACUGACAUCAAGCAACCUAAAGAGAAGGAGGAAGAGAAAUCAGAUACUUCAAAUGACAUUCAGCAACCCAUAGAGGGGGAGAAAUCAGAUACUUCAGAUGACAUCCAGCAACCCAAUGGGGAGGAGAAAUCAAUUGACAUCAAGGAUCCCAGAGUAGAAGAAGAAUCAGCAACAACAAAUGACAUCAAGCAACCCAAAGAGGAGGAAGAAGAAGAGAAAUCAGAUACUUCAAAUGACAGUAAGCAAAACAAAAGAGAAGAAGAGAAAUCAGCAACUUCAUCUGACAUCAAGGAACCUGAGGCAAUAAAAGGAGACAAAUCAAACUUUAACACUGGUACAGAACCAGAAAACAGUGCAAUUAAUGGUGGACCAGACCUUGAAAAUAAAAAUAAGGAAGACUCCAACAGCAAAGGAGAAAUCCCUCACCCUCUGGAACCCAACCCUGAACAAUGCGAGAAAUCCAACAGGAGCUUAAAAAGGUGUUCAUGUUGUGGAUCUGAGGAGCCAGCCCCAAAAGCCUACAAAAAGUGCCUCAAGUGUAAGCUGGAAGGAAUCUCUAGUGCAAGGUAUUACUGUGGGAAAGUGUGUCAGACUUCUGAUUGGAGAGUUCGUCACAAAGAAGAGCACAAGAAAAACUUGUUGGAUCGAGUUCUCCAGUAAAUUGUGCAGUAGAUUUUCUAACACAAUAUACUUAAGACUUACCGUACAUGCAUCAAAAUUUAAGGACAUUUUUUUUUUGCGAUUCCAAUUUCUUUUUUCAAAAGGAGAUCUGGGAUGAUUUUGGUUUUUACUCCAGAAGUUUUAAUUUUAACUAUAAAUAAGAAGAAUUUGAAGUGUUAAACAUGUCAUUUGAUUAUAAUUAUGUAUGUUUUAAAUGAUAAAAUGUUAACCUUAAUAAUACAUUUUGGACAUAGGAGAUUGCAGUAGCAGUGUUUCUACAUGUGUAUUGAAUUCAUUUGUAGUAACUGUUCUAUAUUCUAUUUUCUGUGAUUUUAUCAAUUAUUUGAGUAUGAUUUUUUUUUUAUUUACAAGAAAAAUAUUCCAGUAUUAACAACUUUUUGUAUUCAAGAGCUGAUAUAGCAAAUGUAAAAUACGUAAGAUUCACUUGCUCAAAGUGGCUUAAUAUAUGUAACAUAAAUAAUGAAAAAAGUUUUACUAAUUUGUCAUUUUUGUUGAAGUAAAAAAAUAUACUGAGAUGGUCCUCUACUUGUAUAUGCCUUUCAGUACUGUACUCACUGUCCUUUCAUUACUGUUGACAUUCCACUCAAUCAGUUUUGAAUUUGGAAUAAAUCAUUCUUUGAUAUCA